GUUACAGGGUACUACAGUGAUUUCCAUUCGAUGCACCAAAUUUCCAUGACAGGUACUAUACACUUUUGCGCUAGACAGGAUGGACAGCCGUUCCAGCAUUUUCUCAUCAUAUCAUCAGAACUCUCGGAAGUAUUCGAACUGUUUAUCUCGAUAUCAGGAGGGAAGAAGUCGGCUCCUGACAACACAGGACUGUAG